CAGGGACGCCAGAUUGUUCCGAAUACCAGGAGCCUGCCGCAGUGGCUUAGAACUGCUUCCUGCCUGCGGUGACGUGGCUGGGCCUGGUCGCCGACUGCUGACGCGGCUAAACAUCCUGGAGAUGGAGGCAUAUUGCUUCCUGCAGUUUGCCGAGAAACAGUUUAAGAAGGACCUUGAGCUGCUCGAGAGCGCCGCCUGUGUCGCCCACCACGUAUUGCUGUUGCCUUCACUGCACGACUCACGCAAGCAACAGAACGCAGGUGCCCGCUGCUGGAUGCAGACGGAAGCGGGAGAGUUGAACAAGUUCCUGAAUGCCUUGGGCAUGGAGCUUUACGAACUGCGCGAAGGCAGCCUGGACUUCACAAUGGCCCAUAACGAUCCCGUAACACCCUGCGACCCCAAAGCUGUGGUUCUCUUCUUGGCAACAUGCUGGUUUCUGCGCGAGCACCGCUGUUUCUCCGUCAUCAGCCUGAACGUGUCAGUGGUGGAGCGCUUUCGCCCGGGGCAGUUCCAGCAGCACAUCACGUUCGCCAAGCAGGUCGUCACGUUCCACCUGAUCGAUGUCAAGGGAAUCGAGCUCCUGUUCACAAUGUGCCCCCUGGUUCUGGCGCUCGACCAAACGAAGCUAUUGGCACACGUCACCCUCGACAGGCCUGACCUUCAUUCUGCCCCAUACGGCCUCAAUUAUGUUGAGGUCUGCCCCUUUGGGGACCCAUCUGAGGUACCGCAGCCCUCGCAUGUUGAGGAGCUCUUCAACAACCUUUCCAGUAUGGACAGGUGA